AUGUCUUUCUUCAGCAAGAUCGCCAAAGAGUUCGAGGGCCUAGGCCUAGGGGAUGAGAAGAAGGAAAAGAAGGAAAAGUACGAGGAGAAGGUGGAGGAAGUGCCACCUCCACAGUACCAGCAGAAUCAACAGGGCUACCAGCAAAACUAUCAGCACACCCGUGAGGAACACGGGGGAUAUGGUUCCCCAAACCCUUCCGGUGGUCCAUCCUACGGACAGCAUGGAGGCUACGACAGCCCCAGCUCUCCCCCUCCUUCGCAGUAUCCUGCCUCCCCCGCUGUGCCUAAUUAUCAGCCACCCUCUGACAAGCCUCCCUUGCCUAAUGGUUGGAGACCUUUCUUCGACCAGCAGUUCCAGAGAUGGUACUACCUAGAGGAGGCCACUGGACGAACUCAGUGGGAAGCACCCGGCUACCAAGCUUCCUUCCAGGACGGUUCCGACUCUAGAGGAGCAGGAGGCGACCACGGUUAUGAAGCACACGGAGGCGGCUAUGGCUAUCCUCAGGGUGCUUCUUCAGGCCAUGGCGGCGGCGAUGAGGGCCAUCGUGGCGACGGCGAUUACGGAGAGAAGUCCGAGGAGAAGAAGGAUAAGAAGGACAAGAAGGACAAGCAGGACAAGAAGAGUAAUAAGGGUAUGUACUUGGCUGCUGGUGCUGGUCUUGCCGCGGGUGCCGUGGGUGGAGCCUUGCUCUACAAUGCUCUUGACGACAGUGAUAGCGAUAAAGAGGAGCAUCAUCACCAUUACUAUUCUGGUGGAGGUGGUGGUGGUCACAGCCAUUACGAGCACGAAGAGCGGCAUUACGAGCACAGGAGCGGCAGCGACAGAAGCAGCAGUAGCAGCAGCAGCAGCGAGGAGGAGGAGGAAGAGGAAGAGGAGUACUCAGACUAG